UGGUUUUUUGUGCGACGGAGAAGAGAACGAACUUGUCCGCGAUUGUCCUUAAAAAAUUCACAGUUUUUCACAGACUAGCGGUUUAUAUUUAACAAAAAUGCCCAAAGUAAAACGAUCUAGAAAGCCUCCACCCGAGGGAUGGGAGUUAAUUGAACCAACUCUUGAAGAAAUUGAGCAGAAAAUGAGAGAAGCCGAAACAGAAACCCAUGAAGGGAAACGAAAGGUUGAAUCUCUCUGGCCAGUCUUCAAAAUCCACCACCAGAAGUCCAGAUACGUCUACGAUUUAUUCCACAAAAGAAAGGCAAUCAGCAGAGAGCUGUAUGACUACUGCAUCAAGGAAGGCUUUGCAGACAAGAAUCUGAUUGCAAAAUGGAAGAAACAAGGCUAUGAAAAUCUCUGCUGUCUUCGCUGUAUCCAGGCAAGAGACACCAACUUCGGCACAAACUGCAUCUGCAGAGUUCCAAAGAGUAAACUGGAGGAGGGACGGAUCGUCGAGUGUGUACAUUGUGGAUGUAGAGGAUGCUCGGGUUAGAUGCCUGGAUUACUCCAACUUCUAGAUAUUAAUUAUUUGCACCAGGAGGAUACCCCCCCCCCAAACACCCGAGUCACGAAGCUAAAAACUUUUUAAAUAUCAAGGACAUUGGAGAGUCACCUCAUCAAUAGUUAGCCUUGUACAGGACUGUGCUUAAAACAUUCACUUCUCCCCAUUUUCUUUGCCCUUGAAAUUUAUCAAACAUCUUGUAUAAAGUACCCACAGAUAACCAGGUAAACAUGUAAGAUCAUAUUCUUAUAUUUAAGACGAUAAAUCUUUAAAAAGUUAUUCUUAUUUUGGGGGGCACACAUGACACUGUCAGUGAUAAAAUUUCAAGUGUCAUAAAGGUACAUUAUCAAACAUGAAUCGGACUACUCAUUUUUGGUCUGCAAUGCUAAAGAAGUAUCCAAUGAUAACGUAUAGUUACAGUGUUAUUGUUUUGUUUUUCUGUUUGAACAUUGAGUAUGACAUCCUGGUACACCAUUGGCCUUUGAAAACUUCAGCCUAUAUAUUCAAAAUUGUGGCAAGUUAUGGCCCGAGCAGUCUAGAACACCGAACUCAAGUUCUAAUGUUCUGUGGGUUUGGGUCCCGGUCUUGAUACUUGUAUCCGUCAGCAGACACCAUUAUUGCUUUGUCCUUUGAAUGGGAUGUAUAGCUGUUGCCCUGUGUGUUCUGUAAUUCAUGUUGAAGAACCCAGUGCACUCACAUCAUUUCUAAACUAUACCCUUCAUAAAAAUAGUGAGCACUAUGAUGAGACGCCUGUGAUAAAGUCCCAUAAAAAAAACUUGUACUAUUAUAAAAUUGUCUACUUUCUAGAAAACAAUCAUUCUUGGUAUGAUUGAAUUAAGAAACAAAUUGUUUAUGCAAUCGUUGAACCAGUGACAAAAAACAACCUAGGAUUAUUUUGAGAAUGUUUGUCCAUUUUAGUUGUUUCCUUUUGUAAAAAUACUGGGUCAAAUGUUAAGUGGUUUUCUCUUUUAAUAAUGGUUAGAUAAUAAAAGUUAUUUGUGUUUUAAAACAAU